GGGUGACAAUUUUAUCAAGCAACGCGCUGCCUCGACUUUCAGUGCACAGUAAGCGACACGAAAUCGGCCGGCGGAACAGUCAUGAAAUCGGACCGUCGCUACGUGCCGAUUGGACUUUGAGCGGUCAAAGAUUGGAUUGAGAUGGUGGACAAGAGAAGACCUCCUUCUCCUAGUGCAAGAUAUAUCAGGUCACAGAUAUAUUGUGGUCGUCCUGCUGCGAGGAUCGUUUUGUCGGUCGUAACGUGUUGAAUCGGUCGUUCGGAAUAUUAAGCAGAAGGAUGUCGUUUGAGUUGGAUACGACGUUGCCGGGACCGGAAGCGAUGGCUGUCGCUGAGACGGAGCUCCGAGAGACUGAGGAAAAUGUGGACAAAGGACUCAUUGAAUUGAGAAAGUAUCUCGAGGAGGACAAUACUCUCUAUUUUCCAGCGGACGAAGAUUUCCUUCUAAUUUUCUUGCGGCCGUGCAAGUUUUACGCGAAGAGUGCCUACGAGCUGAUGAAACGGAGCGCGAUGUACAAAGAGAAGCACUCAAAUAUAUUGGGUAAUCUAAUGCCAAACGAUGAGGAGACCGCCCUUGUCGAUCACAAUGUGGUGAACGUCCUCAAAGGAAGAGAUCACAAGGGUCGAAGGAUACUUGUGGUCAGCUGUGGGAAAAGUUGGAACCCGGCAGCUGUCACCACUGAUCAGAUAUUACGAUUGUUUUAUUUGAUCCAUCAGUUAGCUAUGCGCGAGCCACUGACUCAAAUAUACGGAGCUGUUGUCAUAAUGGAUUUCGACGGCCUGUCCAUGAAACAAGUGAGGGCACUGACGCCGUCUUUCUCCUUGAAACUCUUGAGCUUCAUUCAAGAAGCUAUGCCAUUGCGUUUGAAAGAGGUACACUACGUGAAUCAACCGUUCCUGUUCAACAUGGUGUGGCAAAUGUUGAAGCCCUUCGUCAAGGAAAAACUAAAAAACCGCAUGUUCUUCCACGGUGACAAAAGGCCUUCCCUUCACGCUUACAUUCCAGCUAGUCACUUGCCGAAGAACUAUGGCGGCGAUCUGCCGGAAAUCGAUUACUCCAGCGCCGAUUGGUAUCCAACAUUGAUCAAGCAUGAAGACAAGGUUAAAGAGUGGAAUUCGUACGGACUUCGUAAAAAUAAUUAAAUUAAAAGAGGCAAGCAUGCACUCGAAUAAUGAUCAUCCCUCUGUGAUCAUAUUUCGGUACAAAAUACUUUAACCAUAUUAAGAAUCGUUAUAUUUUUGUAAUAGUUAUUAAUUGUGUAUAUACUUUUCUACGAAAUAUUAUUAUUUCUGUAUGUUAUGAAUCCUCAAAAAGAAG